AUGCCCCUCUCGACUCUCCCAAAUGAAAUCCUUUCCCAAGUCCUCUCUCAUACCUCCCCUUCAGGCACCCGCUACAACUGUCUCCUCGUCAAUCGUCGUUUCUACUCCCUCAUGCUACCUAUAAUCUACCGUUCCCUUCAAAUUCCAUUUAUCAACCACAACCGUUUAGUAACUUUCAUCCGAACCGUCCGUCGCAACUCCUUUUUGGGUCCUUACACCAAAUCCCUUUGUCUAGGCGAAGACCCCUUCGACAACAAAAGAAGUGUGGAAAGAAUAAUCGGUAGCGACGAUAUCAACAAAUUAUUCCCGUUUUUGUAUAAAAUCGAGUUAUUUGCUAUGACAUUCGAAAGAGGGAUGUUGUAUAGGUUUUGGGCUUAUUGUGCUAGAGCUGCUUGUUUGGGAGAGGUUGUGGUUCAUUAUCCUGAUUUGGUCCCCCUCGUACAGCCGAUUAAGGGGUUGAAGAAGUUGACUUGGAGUUUUACGGGGUGCUGGGGUAGUCCAGUGCUUUUGUUACCGGAAGGAUGGGAUGAAACGAAGUGGAUUGCGAAAAAGUGGUUGAAGAGUUUAGAAAGCUGUACGCCUGAGUUGGAGACGCUGGUGGUGGGGUGUGUAGGAAGAGAAGGGACUUGGGGAAUUUUGGAUAGGAUUGGGUUGGAGGUGGAAGCGGCGGACAGGAAGGACGAGAUUGCACUACCUAAGCUUGAGAAGCUUAGGGAGUUUGAGUGGAGGGAAGGGGAAGGGAUUGCACCAGUUGCUGUGUGGCGGGAUAUUGCGGCGGGGGUUAUGGAGGAACAUAAAGAUCAAUUGGAGAGAGUUCGGUGGGAGCUAGCCAUUUGCGGAGGAGAGCCAUAUUCUGCCAAGCCUCAAGGGGUGCUGUUUUGGAGUGGAAUCAGAGGGAUGGAGAAGUUGAAAAAGUUGGAGGUUGCAUUAUAUCCUGGGACUCCAGUUCCUUCACAGUCGGUUGAGGGAAGUGCAGCAUCAGCUUGGAGCCCGGAAAGACAUACUGCUGAGUCAUACAAGUUUAUGUCAAAAGCGUGGGGAUGGGAUCCUCGAGGGCUUGAGGAGUUUACAAUCAGGUUUUCGGUUAUUUCCGCUUCUACGGUUUUGGAAAGGAAGGUUUUAGGGGAGCUGGAGAAAGCGAAGGGGCUGAAGAAAUUGGAGAUGACGUUUGGGAUACCGGCGUUCUCUAGUCCUGGUGAUGAAGAGAAGAUGGAGUUUCAUUAUUGGUAUUACCAGGUGGAUGUUAUGACUGAGAUCAUCAAGAAUCUGCCAACCACUCUGGAAACACUUAUCAUCAACUUUGAUGGUAAGCACGACGUUUGUGAUAAAUAUCGUCAGUAUGAAUUUGGGCCAAUGGAGGAUACGGUAGAUAAGUGGGAUGAGGAUGGAUCUAUCAGGGCCCAGAUUAAGGAUAUUGUUAACCAAAGGCGGUCGAUUCCGAAGAAAGUUCUUUAUGACAGAAUGCCGAACUUGAGCACUGCUUAUAUUGGGGGCUAUGACCUUGUAGGUGGGAUCGGAGAGGUUGAAGAAGGGAUGGCGGGGAUUUCACUUUGA